ACCUGUUGGUGAAGGUGGUGCAGCUUCCCAACCCACGUUCAGGAUGGAGGCUCUGGGAGAUGCUGAGGGUGUGGCUGCAGGGAGGACUUCUCCAGCUCCUUUGCUGGUUACUGCCCGCAAGCCCAGCACCCAUCACAGGGGUCCUCCAACAGGAAAGGACAAGGCUACAGGACACAAGAAACCCCAUGAGACAUCUGAAAAUAUGAGGCAAAUGCUGAAGGAAAUGCUGCAGGCAGGACAAGAAGUAGAUGGAGAAGCUGUGCUGAAGGCUGACUUUCCCAGAGGAAGCAGUGGCUCAUUGGCAGCCUCUGCUGCAGGAAGGGAGACGAUGCCAGGCACAGUCACAGGAGAUGAGGCAGCUGGGAAGGCUUCUCCAUUAGAUUGGCUGCAUAAAGUUGUGAAGCCUCCUGCAGGUGUGGCUGCAGAGAGGAUUUUUCCUGCUCCUUUGUUGAUUCUUACGCACAAGGCCGGCUCCCAUCACAGGGUUCCUACAAGAGGGAAGAACAAAGGCACAGGAAAGGAAAGACCCCGUGAGCCAAACAACAUCCUGAAUACAAUAGCGAUGGAGCUGCAGAAAGGGCAUGGGAUGGACAGAGACGCUCUAUGGAAGGCAGCAUUUCCUAAAGGAAGGGAGGCAAUGCCACGCACAGUCACAGGAGAUGCUGCUGGCCCCACAACAGCUGUUCCUGAUUCCCCAAAGGACAUCCGAAUUGGUUUCUAUCAGGGAACAGGCUGGUGGCUAGGGUUAAUGGCAGGCAUGCUUCUUCUAGUGCUUGUCUUUAUCUUAUGCUGUGUUUUAAUCUGGUGCUACUGGAAGAUAAAAGGGUGAGUGUUUUUAUCAUGUCUCCCUCAAACAGCUUCUUUUAAAAACCUAAUGUAGAUGGGAAACAUUUCCAGCGAGGCUGCAGUGGAGCUGUGGCCAGUCCAUGGCUGUCCAAAGCACUCUGCUGAGGGCUCUGCUGUGCCCAGUGCUUUCCUUGGCCCCUUCAUUGCUGGGCCUUGUCCUGGGCCCCGCUGGGGCUGCAGCCAGUGCUGGCUCCCACUGAGGCUGCCUGGCCACGAGCAGCCCCAGGGGCACAGGGCAGAGGCACAGCAAGGUGGGGAGGAGAAAGAGCGAGGACGAGAUUGCCCCUGAAAGGCAGAGGCGCUCUGGGGCCCGCUCCUGGCCAGGGAGCCUGCCCAGAGCCGUCCCUGCUCGCCGGGGCCUUGAGGGGCAGCUGUCCAGCUGGGCCAAGGUGUGCCAGCCGCUCCAGCCGUGCUGGGGAGCCCUGCCAGCUCUGGGCCCUGCUGUGCAGGAGGCUCCCUGUGUGCCACUGGCAGCUGGGGCCUCAGCCACUCCUCUCUCCACAGCAGCGCCUCUGCAUCUUCACAAGACCAGACGAAGACUUCAGCCACGCAGAUCUGUGCCGGUCAUCAGCCAUCCCCGAGCCAGUUUCCAACAUCCCUUCCACAGCUGCAAUACCCACUUUACUGCUGGGGACAUGCUGCCACCCCCCAUAACAGAACCCUCUGUCCCCAAAGGUGCUGGCCCUGGCGUCCAGCCAGGACAGGAGGUGCAGCCCAGGGUAGGGCCUGACUCCAGCAGCAUCUCUGGGCUUCAGCUCUGGUCCCUGGUGCUCCCACCAGCACUGACAGAGCUGCUUGUCUGUGCACAGCCAGUGCUGGGCAGGCAGCAGUAGGGCAUCAGGCUCCUGAGACCAGCAGCUACUGUGUUUAGUUUUCAUUUUGCAAGAUUUAGGAUUAUUUUUCAUAGAAAAUUCUUCAAAUAUUUUGUCCCUUUUCCCACAAAAGUUCUAUAUUUUUCAAAGUAGUUUUAGUAUUCAGAAAAACUUAGAAUAUUUUUACACUUCUAGAAUAAAAAUUAAAAUUGCA